UAAACAAGAAUCAGGUCGUAGGGAAUGCAAAGAAAUGGCCGGAAAUUCGUUUCCUAAGGGAACUACCGACGGCAGAGCCAAAAAGACGGCCGACGAAAGAAAUUGUCACCGGAAACACGUAGAGGACGGGUGAAUUACCCCCGGCCACUCUCCUUUUCCUUAUUCAUUCUUAAAUCUUCAACAGACCCAGUUCAAAUGGCGGAAAGAAACGAUAAUCAUCGCGGUGUUCUUCACGGAAAGUACGAAUUAGGACGUCUACUUGGUCAUGGAACUUUUGCAAAGGUUUACCUAGCUAAGAAUCUCCAAAACGGAAUGAACGUCGCCAUGAAAGUGGUCGGAAAAGAGAAAGUGAUUAAGGUCGGAAUGACUGAACAAGUUAAGAGAGAAAUCUCAGUCAUGAAAAUGGUGAAACAUCCUAACAUCAUCGAGCUGUACGAGGUUAUGGCGAGUAAAACGAAGAUCUACUUCGCCAUGGAGCUCAUACGCGGCGGCGAGUUAUUCGCUAAGAUCACAAAAGGUCGUAUGCAUGAAGACGUAGCUCGUAACUACUUCCAGCAGUUAAUCUCCGCCGUAGAUUUCUGUCACAGUCGCGGCGUAUACCAUCGUGAUCUAAAACCGGAGAACCUUUUACUAGACGAAGAUGAGAAUCUCAAGGUAUCUGAUUUCGGUCUCAGCGCUUUCGCAGAUCAUCUACAUCAGGACGGUCUUCUUCACACAACAUGCGGUACGCCGGCGUAUGUCGCGCCGGAGGUAAUCUGUAAUAAAGGAUACGACGGCGCAAAAUCAGACAUUUGGUCAUGUGGAGUUAUCUUGUUUUUACUACUCGCUGGUUAUUUACCGUUUCAGGAAGAUAACAUUGUUGCAUUGUAUAAGAAAAUUUAUAGAGGAGAUUUCAAAUGCCCUAAAUGGUUUUCAUCGGAAUCAAGAAAAUUAGUGACGAUGAUGCUUGAUCCUAAUCCGGGUACUCGUAUUUCAAUUAGUAAGAUAAUGGGUUCUUCAUGGUUUAAGAGAUCGCCGGCGGCGGCGAUGAGUAGUAGGGGAAGGAAAGAUAAGGAGGUGGUACUUGUAGACAUUCCAGAGGAGGAAGAGACGAAAACGCUGAAUGCUUUCCAUUUGAUUUCAUUAUCGCAGGGUUUUGAUUUGUCGCCUUUGUUUGAGAUGAAGAAGAGGGAUGAGAAGGGAGAGAUGAGAUUUGCGACGACGAGAUCUGCCGGCAGUGUGGUGGCGACGCUGGAGGAAGUGGCGGCGAGGGUUGGGAAAUUCAGUGUGGUGAAGAAGGGCGGCGCCGGCGGUGGGGGUAGUGUGCGUUUGGAAGGUGAGGAGAAGGGAAGGAAAGGGAAACUUGCGAUUACGGCGGAGAUAUUUGCUUUGACGCCGACGUUUGCGGUGGUGGAAGUGAAGAAAUUGAGUGGUGAUACUUUUGAGUAUGAACAGUUUUGGAAGAAGGAACUCCGGCCGGCAUUGAAAGACUUUUUCUGGAAUUCUUCAGAUAUUUGCACAACACCACCUGCUUGAUGGAAUUCAAAAUCAUGUUGUUUUGUUUUUGUUUGUUUUUGUGUGUGUGUGUUAAUAACUUGGUUUAAGGAUUUGUUUGUUUAUUUGUUUGUGUGUGAUGGUUUAUCCUAAAGCUUGGCUUGGUUUGAUCUUUUGUAAGUAUUUUUAUUGAUUCAAUUUGAAAAUAUGUUCUACAAGAAUCAAAGUUCA